ACGGCAAGGUGGACCAGAAAGGAAGGCCAGCCAAUCACAGAGCCGCCUCCAAGCACAGCCUGCUAACGACCCGCAGACACUAUUUGCGUAUUCGUUACAGUGUAUCAUGUAGGGGAAGGAGUAGCGCGAAUAAUUGAUGUGAAAUACUCCGGUUUAUCUGGGAAAUUACGUUCUUGUCUGUUUGCACAAUUCAACCGCAACAGCGCGAGAAAACAGCCGGAUCUUUGUGGGAGCUUCGUGUUUUCAAAGCCUUUUAAUAGUCGCUGUCAGGACUACUGUUUUGUUGAUGUCAUCCGCGGCAGUGCUGUAGCGACCUUCAAUUUCAAGGCAAGCCCGGGAUAAACAAAGACUGGUUUUGGCUGUUUUUUUCCCUUUCUGUUUUGCUUCCUUUGUCAGUGACACUAGCACCAAGGAUGGGACUUUUGCUGCCCUGUCUCCUGUUGUUAUCUGUUUCCACUUUCACAGCCGGUGUAGAUUUUCAGCAGGGAUCCAAAGCCCUCGGACAGUCGCUUUUUGUAAGGCGCUCAUACAUCAAGGAGAAAGCUGCGAAAAUCGUCAAGAGGUCUUUGCCUGCAUGGCUGGCUGCAUCACCAAGUCACAAGAUAAAACGCAGAAGUACUGAGCAAGGAGACUCCUGCCAUACCCUGCAAGGAUAUGAAACCAAGUUAGCAGACAACACCCACCAUUACUCCUUCAAUGACCUCAGUGGGUCAGUGUCACUUGCCUGGGUCGGAGAUGGCACAGGGGUGAUCCUGGCUCUGACUACGUUCCAGAUGCCCUUCUUCAUGUUAAGGUUUGGGCAGUCCAAACUCUACCGGAGUGAGAACUACGGGAAGUCUUUCCAAGAUGUGACUGAGCUUAUCAACAGCACCUUUAUCAGAUCAGAGUUUGGAAUAGCUAUCGGGCCUGAGAACUCUGGAAAAGUGAUCCUGACAGCAGAAGUGUCUGGGGGUCUCGCGUCUCGGAUCUUUGUCUCAGAUGACUUCGAGAGUUUCAUCCCCCAGGACUUGCCCUUCAUCCCCAUGAUGCAGAUCACAUACAACCCUUACAACUCCAACAUGCUGAUGGUCUCAGUAACAAAUGAACUUUGGCUGUCUGAAGAUUUUGGCAGUAACUGGAAGAAGCUGCACAACAUGGUGGUCUGGGGAAGGAAAAAUUCCAUCUUUUUCACAACCAGCCUCAACGGAUCCUGCAGUGAUCGGGGAAUGCUGGAGCUGAGGAGGACAACAGAUUAUGGAAAAAUCAAGACUGUGGCCACUAAGAUCUCAUUUGGCCUGGGUGGACGUUUCCUCUUUGCCUCUGUAAUGACAGGCAAGGGCACCCUGAGGAUGAUCUACGUGUCAGUGGACCACGAGACGUGGAACAUGGCCCAGCUACCACCAGUGGGUCAUGAGCAGUUUUACUCCACUGCAGCUAACGAUGAAAUGGUCUUCAUGCAUGUUGACGAGCCAGGAGAUACAGGAUUUGGUAUUUAUGUAUCAGAUGACCGGGGCACUGUGUAUUCCAAGUCACUGGAGCGCCACCUUUACACCACCACAGGCGGCGAUACGGACUUCACCAACGUCACCUCCCUGCGAGGAGUUUUCAUCACUAGUGUCCUCGCAGAAGACAGCUCGGUGCAGUCUGUUGUGUCCUUUGAUCAGGGAGGGGAGUGGGUUCCCCUGCGGCAACCUGCAAACAGCAAGUGUGACGCGACAGCCAAAGACCCAGAUAAGUGCAGUCUCCACAUCCAUGCUGCCUACAGUACAGCCAUGAGGCUGAAUGUCCCCAUGUUGCCUCUGAGUGAACCAAACGCUGUGGGUCUCAUCUUAUCUCAUGGGAGUGUUGGUGAUGCCAUCUCAGUGAUGAAGCCUGAUGUGUACGUGUCUGAUGAUGGAGGUUACUCCUGGAUAAAGGCUCUCGAUGGGCCCCAUCACUACGCCAUUCUAGAUUCUGGAGGUCUGCUGAUUGCUGUGGAGCACAGCCCUACCCAACCUAUCGACAAGAUCAAAUUUUCUACAGAUGAAGGACAGUGCUGGGGUGUGUACACCUUCACCAAAGAGCCCCUCUACUUCACUGGUCUGGCCUCAGAGCCGGGAGCUCGCUCCAUGAACGUCAGUAUCUGGGGCUACAGAGACUCCCUCCUCAGCCAGUACUGGAUCUCCAUCACCAUCGACUUUAGGGAUCUGCUCACCAGAGACUGUGAUGACAAUGACUAUGUGCAGUGGUUGGCCCACUCUGAUGACAUCAGUGACCCCAAUGACGGUUGCAUGCUCGGCUACAAAGAGAGGUUCCUGCGUCUCAGGAAGGACUCCGUCUGCUGGAACGGACGAGAUUAUCAGGUCAACACUCAGCCAACGCCGUGUCCCUGCACCCUGGAUGAUUUCCUGUGUGACUUUGGGUAUUACCGUAAAGAGAACAGCUCGGAAUGUGUGGAGCAGCCGGACCUGAAGGGCAAAGUGUUGGAGUUUUGCCUGCAGGGCAAAGAAGAGCAGCUGCAGACCAGUGGAUAUAGGAAAAUCCCUGGAGAAUGUGAGGGGGGACGGAUGCCUGAGCGUAAAGAAAUCGACCUCAGCAGGAGGUGUGUGAGCGUGAUUGGUCCAGAACUGACGGUAGACAACCGCUCGUCAAAGUCUAUCCCUAUUGUGAUCACAGUCAUUAUCAUCAUGCUGCUGAGCGUUGCAGCAGGGGUCCUCUUUGUUAAGAAAUAUGUCUGUGGUGGCAGGUUUUUGGUUCACAGGUACUCUGUGCUGCAGCAGCAUGUUGAGGACAAUGCUGCUGAGGGGGUAGACGACCCACUGGAGACCAACCACACUCAAAACGGCAAGAUCGAGUUUCAUGAUGACUCAGACGAGGACCUGCUUGAAUAACCAGCACAACCUGUUGUGCAACUAAGCAACAGAUUUCCCAUCCGCCUCCGUGGCUGGCUGCUGUUGCCGUCCCUCUCUUGUCUCCAGCUACUUCUUCCUUUCACCUCCUGGUUUGCACUCAGGCCUCGGCGAACAGACGAAGAGUCUGUGCGACUCUGCUGUCAUGUAUGAAGAAAAAUGAAUGUACUGAGGCUCUGUGGGACUAGUGUCACCGAUGAAAAGAACUGCGAAGGAGGUCUAGUAGUGUUUGCUCCUGUUAUUGAUUUUAUUGAUUGAGUCUUGGUCUCUGGGUUAUUUAUUUUAGGGAACGAAGAACUGAUGCAGUAAUUCGAUCUGCUAACAGAGGCGGAGUAAUGGGUUUGAAGCAAAGCUCGUUGUGUAAAUCUGUCACUGUUGCAUUCAGGGUUCUGCUUCUCCCGUUACCGGGGAGUGCUCCUGCAAAUAAUUCUCACCUCUGUUGAAGAUCUGUGUCCCUUUCUCCACAUGCACUUGUACAUACAUCAUUUUCUUUGCCAUCUUUGAUGUGGUAUCAAUUUGGUUGGUGUUGAAAAGGUUGCUGUUGGUAACUUAAAUACUCUCCCUUAUACAGACUCAAUCCUUACUUUUAUUAAAGUAUUUGUUGGUUAAAAAAAUGUGCCCAGGACGGACAAGAGUUUUUAAAUUUUAGCUUUUUAGCCUCCUCCUCAUCUGGGCACUGACUUUAAAUUCCCUUUUUUAAUCUGUAUUUGGAUCAUAAUUCUGAAUACCUUGUCCCUCAAUUACAUUGAGUUUAGUAAGAUGCAAGUGGAAAUGUCAAUUUGCAUCAGGCUCAAUAGCAAUAACAUCUUCAGAGUGUACAUACACGUAAAGUAACCCUACUGGAACAAAUUGUCUGAUGUAUGAAUGGAGAUGUUGUUGAGUGAAACACAUUCAUGUUUGUGUCGGUCAGGUGUGUCUGUUUCAGGACAGAGUUUGUUUAAAAAAUGUCUAAAGCACAAGGUCCUUUGUAUGUUUAGAGUUUGUAGUUGAACAUUUUUCAUAAAUGUGACCUAAGGAUUAACAUGAUAAAACUGUAAAAAAAAAUCACUGUACUCACAAGUCCUGUUUAUAAUAAUUUGAGCAGCUUUUGUACUAAUCCACUUUUGAACUGAUGUAACAAAUUUGCAUUCAGUAAACAUUGGUUCAAAGAUGCUAAGAAACAACAGAAAUAAAUCUAGUUUGAUAUUAAAUAUCUACAAUAUAUUUUCCAUCCGAUUCAGAUGAAUACAUCAAAAUCAUUUGGAGAUAAUGCAGGAGCAAUGUGAAAAAGAAAUUGAGUUAUGUAAAUGUUGUAUAGCAUUUUAAACACUGUAAGCUAUAAGGAGAGUAACAGACAUGGUUGCAUAAUAUGCAGCAAUAUUUUUUUCUUAUUGGUACUCGCAUCUAAGGUGGAGAAAAUCUUGAAAUAAUGUAAAGUUCCUCAUCUAUGUCAGUCACAUUAACUGCUGUUUUCUUUUUAAUCAUGCUGGUACUACUGUCAUUUUAAAGCUACAUUUGUCUCCAGAGCUGUCUGGUAUAUUAUGUUAAGUCUAACAGGCUUUUUUUCUUUUAAUCAUUUAUUGCACAAUUAUGUGUCUGCUGUGUUUUAAAUAAGUUGCUUUCAUAUGGGAUUUAUUUAUUCUUGACUGGCGGGUUCAAGAGUGCAGUAAAAUGGAUGUGGUUAUACAAGUGCCUGGUGUGAGGAUAUGAUGUGAUGCCCUCCCAGUGUGUGGCCAGCAUCUAUUUACUGGUAAUUAUUUAUAUAAACUGCUUUGCAUCCAGCUUCAUCCAGUUUGUCAGUGACACCCUGAAGUUGCACUCAUUGCCAGAGAUAAAUGCUUGAGAAGUAAAGGAAGUGUUGGUUUCACUGGAGCUCUCAUUAAACUGCACGUUAACUUUCAAUAUAAAUCCACAGAGCUUUAGCCCACAGUAACCUGGCUAUUUUUGUCUUUUAUUUUCUGUCAUUGGACUUAAUACUGGCUGUGAUUCUUGGACAAGAGAGUUGAAAACACAGAUUGGACAGGGUUAUAAUUAAGCUGCUUUGCACUGGGAGACACUCUUAUUUAACGACGGUUUAUUGCAUUACGUGAAGGUAACACAUUUUUCUGACAGUUUUAAACUGCUGUAUAAAUUAAAGUCAUUGUGAUGGUUCUGUAAAUAUACAAGGCUACAUCUUUGUAUCUGCUAUGUUUCUCUUUUCUGUAUAUUUGAAGCAAUUUUCUUUGGGUUCGCCAAUAAAUUCAUAUGUUCCUUUA